ACUUGGCAGGAUGGGAAGUGUUUUCAGGGUAGCCUUGCAUCAGAAGGUGGUUCAGUGUCACUUGCUUUAUUUGAACUGAGUUGGCCUUGGCAAAUGGGUCGCUGUCAGGCUUGAACUGAUAACCCAGAGAGGACAGGUGGGAACCAAAUAAAUAUCAGAAUUAAGUGACCAUUUAAAAAUGACAACCUCAUGGAGUGACAGACUCCAGAAUGCAGCAGAUCUUCCUGCAAACAUGGAUGGGCAUGCUCUGAAAAAGUACCGUCGGGAAGCCUAUCACCGGGUUUUUGUGAACAGAAGUUUAGCAAUGGAAAAGAUAAAGUGCUUUGGUUUUGAUAUGGAUUACACACUUGCUGUGUAUAAAUCCCCUGAAUAUGAAUCUCUUGGAUUUGACCUGACCGUAGAAAGAUUGGUUUCCAUUGGAUACCCUCAGGAGCUGCUCAGUUUUGUCUAUGAUCCUUCUUUCCCUACCAGAGGCCUGGUAUUUGAUACACUGUAUGGAAACCUGUUGAAAGUCGAUGCCUAUGGGAACCUCCUAGUGUGUGCACAUGGCUUUAACUUCGUGAGAGGGCCAGAAACUCGGGAGCAGUAUCCAAAUAAAUUUAUUCAGAGGGAUGACACAGAGAGGUUUUACAUUCUGAACACGCUGUUCAAUCUACCAGAGACCUACCUGUUGGCUUGCCUAAUAGAUUUCUUUACUAACUGUGACAGAUAUUCUAGCUGUGAAACAGGGUUUAAAGAUGGAGACCUCUUUAUGUCGUUCAGGAGUAUGUUCCAGGAUGUCAGAGAUGCUGUUGACUGGGUUCAUUACCAGGGAACCCUCAAGGAAAAGACACUUGAGAAUCUGGAGAAGUAUGUGGUGAAAGAUGGGAAAAUGCCAUUACUGCUCCGCCGCAUGAAUGAGGUUGGAAAGGUGUUUCUUGCCACAAACAGUGACUAUAAAUACACAGAUAAAAUUAUGACUUAUUUGUUUGAUUUUCCACAUGGACCAAAGCCUGGAAGCUCUCAUCAGCCAUGGCAGUCCUACUUUGACCUAAUCCUAGUGGAUGCACGAAAACCCCUAUUUUUUGGAGAAGGCACAGUAUUGCGACAAGUGGACACUGUUACUGGCAAGUUGAAGAUUGGUACCUACACAGGCCCUCUGCAGCAUGGCAUCGUCUAUUCAGGCGGUUCCUCGGAUACUAUCUGUGACCUGCUGGGGGCUAAGGGCAAAGACAUUUUGUACAUUGGAGACCACAUCUUUGGAGACAUCCUAAAGUCCAAGAAACGUCAGGGCUGGAGGACCUUCCUGGUGAUUCCCGAACUAGCCCAGGAGCUGCAUGUCUGGACUGACAAAAGCUGUACGAAACUAGGCAACCACUGGCCAGCCCUUUUUGAAGAGCUGCAGAGUCUGGACAUUUUCUUGGCGGAGCUGUACAAGCAUUUGGACAGUAGCAGCAAUGAACGGCCUGACAUCAGUUCCAUCCAAAAACGUAUUAAGAAAGUGACUCACGACAUGGACAUGUGCUAUGGGAUGAUGGGAAGCCUGUUCCGUAGUGGCUCACGACAGACCCUCUUUGCCAGCCAGGUGAUGCGUUAUGCAGAUCUCUAUGCAGCAUCUUUCAUCAACCUCCUGUACUAUCCGUUCAGCUACCUCUUCAGAGCCGCCCACGUACUGAUGCCACAUGAAUCGACGGUGGAGCACAUUCAUGUGGACAUCAAUGAAAAGGAGUCACCUCUGGCCACCCGCAACCGCACCUCAGUGGAUUUCAAAGAUUCCGACUACAAACGGCAUCAACUGACCCGGUCAGUCAGUGAAAUUAAACCACCUAACCUCUUCCCCCAGACUCCUCAGGAAAUCACACAUUGCCAUGAUGAGGAUGAUGAUGAAGAGGAGGAGGAGGAGGAGGAAGAGGAAUAGGAAGGAAAAAUGGAAGCCUCUCUGAAGACAAAACAUGAUUGCGGCAGUGAUGAGCGGGAGUGGAUUCCCUUGUUUGGUUCCAGGGGGAAUGGGCGUGAUUCUUUCAAAGGCACAUUUUGAAAGUUUCCAAAAACUUUUUAAAAUUAACACUAAUCAGGAGGUGCCCCUUGUUUUUAAUUUUGCGACUCUGCUCUUUGCAGACAGUUUGAAAUGCCAAUGAAUUCUGCACUACAGGAGAUUCUAACAGUGCAUUCAGACUGGACUUCACACAAGUGUUAUCUACUAUGCCUCCCCUGUUACGUAUUUGGGAUGCUGCAUGUUUCCCCCUUUUUCUUCCCAUGGGUGCAAUUCAUUUGGUUUUCAUUGAACAGUGUCUUAUGAACGGUUUGGAAUUUGUACAGUCUCCACAGAGAGGGAAGGAUGCAAUGGGCCCAGUAGCAGACAAAAUGAUCUGACAAGAAUCCUCCUACUGCAAGUUGUACCACUCUUCUUAAUUCUCAGCUUUUUUGGAUAUAAAUUCUCCCCCUACUAAAUACUGUAUUGUAUCCAGGGAAACGUUAUGGCUUCCAGCAUUGAAUUUACCCUCUGCUAAGCACAAGUUUCCCCUUAUAAGCUGUUUAAUGUUCUAAAUUACUCUGGCAAUAUCUGAUUUCACUGGGAUUCCGGUACUCACUAGCAUUCAGUAGUUUUGGGUUUGUCAGGAAGUCUGUUGUCCUCCCCUUGGUGGAUAAAGACUUAAUUCUUUCAUCAUCGACAUGGAGUGCAUGAUUGCGGCUGCGUUUAUCACACACGCUCUCGCCUGCCCCCGCCCGGCUGUGUUUUCAACAAGUAGCACUGGAGCUUGAAAUCACAUCUGUACGUCGUAUGUCAGUUAUUUCUCCCCCCUAUUUCUGUUCUCUCUCUCUCUCUCCGCUUAGCUUUAGGAAAGGAAAGCGUCAAAGUGUCCCAAAGAUAUAAAAGCCAAACAGCCUCUGGAGUGGAAGUGUGAGCUUGAACCACCAUCCUGGCUUGAACUUGGCCCACACUAUAGAAUCCUAGGACCGGAAGGGACCUCGAGAGGGCAUCUAGUCCAGUCCCCUGCACUCAUGGCAGGACUAAGUAUUAUCUAGCCCAGCCCUGACAGGCUGGGGGUGUGUGUGUGUGUGUAUAUAUAUAUAUAUGAUCAUAUAAUGCAGGGCUAGUCCAACUAACUGUGUGACCCAUACAAUUCCACAAUACAGCUUGCAGCUGCCCCAUCUUUCACAUGGAGCUGUAGCACAUAGAAACUACAGGUCCCAGCAUGAAAGCGAUCUGGCUCAAGAUAGCUGUAGUCUCCAGGCUCCUGUGCUAGAACCUGCAGUUGUUGGUACCUCAGUUUCAGAAAUGAAUAUGAUGCAGUCUGCUUCAUUUGUCCUGCAAACAGUUCUCAGUGUCCUGUCUGUGCCCUUUGGGCCUCCACCUGGUGUUAACUUAAACACAGAUCCCUCCUAUGUUACCAUUCCCUGUAAGGUGUGGUGGGCGGUACAGCUGUGUUAACCGUGCAUUGCCAUUUACUACCUGUCAUGGGUGUGGUGUAGCUUAUUCCAAACUGCCAUUCAUUUGUGAAAGGUACAGAACAGGGGGCCUGAUUUUAAAGAAUUAGACCUUUUGGUUCAAUCUCAUAACUGCAUUUGAUCUUAUGCCAGUGUAACAUAUGGUGAAAAACAAAUCAGCAGGAGGUGCUGGUAUGGAUGGCCUACAAGUCAAUAAACCAUGAUGGUUCUAUUA